AUGGCAGAACCUGUACGACGAGCGACAGCGCCAGUGCCUCCAACUCAGGAGGAUGACGCAGCCAUUCAGUCUUUUCCGAGACGCGCGACGGCCCCGGAGGACUCAGACUCGCGUCGCAAUCGGCAUCGGUACACUCUCUUGGAAGCGAAAUCGACAUCCAUGCCCUCGCUAGCUCGAGAUACCCCGUCCGUGUCGUCGUCCAAUGCUGCAUUGGAACCGGGCAACGUCGAAGGAUUCCGUCACUUAGCACACAGUAUCGUGUCGCGUACUUUGGCGGUCGAAUGUGAGUUCGAUCGCAUGGGACGUCCCGAACAGGACGAGCACGCGUGGAAGAUGCUCAAGAAGCAGAACCGCCUACGGGUCUACAAACGUAAGGCGCAGCAAACGGCUCAAUUGGACCAGAGUCGCGUUGGUGGUUCGUCCAAGAAACCGCCCAUGGUGAUUUGUGUAGGCUCCGUUGAGGGCACAGUGGAGGAUAUCCUGUACGGAAUGCACGCCAAGACCCGCAGCGAGAUGGGGGCGACCAUGACGUUCAUGGGGAGGAGUCCACUCGACUGCGACGUGCUCGCCGUACUGGACGGCGGGUCCAGGCACGACCCGUUCCGUCAACUGUCCAUCAAGUACCUCCUAGCUGAGACGUUCGGAGACGCACGAGUCGUGAACAACCGCGACGUUUGUACGCUAGAGUCCAUGGGUUUCGGACAUGAUUCGAGAGGUAAACGCUACGGCUACUAUCUUCUUCGAAGCGUGGAUCUGCCGGAAUGCUCGCCGUUACCUGAAGACAGUGGCGUGGUUCGAGCUAGUGUCACUAUGUGCUGCAUCUACCGCCAAGCUCAAGGUUCCGUCAAGGUCUAUAGCAAGGCGAUGAUUGAUCUGGGCGGUUCCUUGCCUGGGUUUAUGGCGUACGACGCAGCCACAGAGCUGUUACUCUCCAAUGCCGAGGCGAUAACCAGUGCCACCGCCAAACGCCUGACCGUGUUAGCGUUACAGAAUUACCACACCAGAAAGGCUCAAGAACCGGAGGAUUUAACCUCGUCCUCCGAAUCGGAGCUGCUUUUGAGCGGCUCUCGAUAUGCCAAGUCAUUUAACUUUCGCAGUACCAAGUCCGUCUCCACGGUGGAACCUUCUCACACGGUCGAGGAGCGGAAGAUGCCGAUCAAACCUUGCAGCGUAUGCGGCAAGAAGCCCAAGAUGGCCAAGCUCGUUCGCUCCACACAUCGCAAUUGCGGUGUAUGCAACCAAUGCGUCUGCACCAAGUGCAGCAUCAAGCAGAAACUGUACGCACGUGCGGAACCUGUCACCGUCCCAUGCUGUAAAAUGUGUAUCCUCGCAGCCAAGCAGCUGAAAGUGGACCCACGCGACGUGUUCCCAAUGCUACCAUGAACUCGUAACAGUGUUCAUACUGUCAAUGUUAUCAAUAUAAGUCACGUGAUGCCUG